CGUGAAGCCAUGUGAUUUGAGUUUUAUUCGCCCAACUCUGUACUGAAACUUCAUAAAAGAAUUAUUGUCAUUUCUGAUUCUAUAAAACAUCUCCUAAAACAGAAAAUCAACAGACUAAAAUACAUACAGAAAAUAUUUUGUCCCCUUCUUUCUGCUGUUCUGUUCUGCUCCGGUCUGUCUGAUUUAGUAGUGUAUUCUAUCUGUCCACGUUUCCAGUCUCAAACUAGAAAAUGGGUACCCACUCAGUUUUCAAUCCAAACCCACUUCCCACCUUUACUUCGUCCACCAUUUCCACUAAAGUGUCGGAGCAAUGUAGGAAAUAUCAAAGGCAAAAAUAGAAGCCCAGACAUUUGAAGUUUAAUAAUCAUAUCAUGAAAACUGUGUAGAACUACAACAAAUGAAGCACUCUCAACUGCUAGGAACCACCUAAAAUUGGAAUAUACCCUACGUAAUGGUGGCAAAUCAGUAAGCACGGGUCAUGCCGUUUUUGACUAUUUCGGGUGACAAGCAAUGGCCUGGAUGUCUUAUGCUUAAUGGAAAACAAAUGCAUGUAAGGCUUUCCAACGGUUUUAGGGCAAGAGCAAGAUCAGUUAUAAAUGUCAAUUCUACAGCAAUCGAAAUUCCUUGUCAAUGGUACAAUCUGGUUGCUGAUCUAGCUAUAAAGCCUCCGCCUCCAUUGCAUCCGAAAACAUUCGAACCGGUUAAACCAGAAGAUUUGUCUCCUUUAUUUGCCUAUGAAUUAAUUAAGCAAGAGGUUACCGAUGAAAGGUUCAUAGAUAUUCCAGAAGAAGUUAUCGAUGUAUACAGACUUUGGCGCCCGACCCCUUUAAUCAGAGCCAAGAGGUUGGAGAAGCUUCUUGAUACACCUGCUCGGAUUUAUUACAAGUACGAAGGUGUCAGCCCUGCCGGAUCGCAUAAACCGAACACUGCAGUUCCGCAAGUUUACUACAACGCACAGCAAGGGGUCAAGAAUGUCGUGACCGAAACUGGUGCUGGCCAAUGGGGUAGUUCAUUGGCCUUUGCCUGCAGCUUGUUCGGUCUUGGCUGUGAAGUGUGGCAAGUUCGUGCUUCUUACGAUCAGAAACCAUAUCGGAAAUUGAUGAUGCAAACAUGGGGUGCAAAGGUUCAUCCUUCUCCUUCUGACAUUACCCAAGCAGGUCGUAAAAUACUUCAAAUGGAUCCCUCUAGCCCGGGAAGUUUAGGGAUAGCUAUUUCAGAAGCCGUAGAGAUUGCCGCUGCAAAUGAUGAUACCAAGUACUGCCUGGGGAGUGUUCUAAAUCAUGUUUUGCUACAUCAAACCGUGAUAGGAGAGGAGUGUAUUCGACAAAUGGAGGCCAUCGGUGAAACCCCGGACUUAAUCAUCGGGUGUACCGGCGGUGGCUCGAAUUUCGCAGGACUUAGUUUCCCAUUUAUCAGAGAAAAGCUCAAGGGAAAAAUCAACCCUGUUAUACGAGCAGUCGAACCUGCGGCUUGUCCUUCAUUAACAAAAGGUGUCUAUGCAUACGAUUUUGGUGAUACGGCAGGGAUGACUCCAUUGAUGAAGAUGCAUACACUGGGGCAUGAUUUCAUUCCGGAUCCAAUUCAUGCCGGUGGCUUACGUUACCAUGGUAUGGCACCUUUGAUUUCGCACGUCCAUGAAUUAGGCUUCAUGGAAGCAAUUUCGAUCCCGCAAACUGAGUGCUUUCAAGGCGCAAUACGAUUUGCGCGAUCUGAAGGGAUAAUUCCAGCUCCCGAGCCAACUCAUGCUAUUGCAGCUACUAUCCAGGAAGCCGUUCGCUGCAGAGAGAGUGGGGAAUCAAAGGUGAUAUUGAUGGCAAUGUGUGGGCAUGGCCACUUUGAUCUGGCUUCUUAUGAGAAGUAUUUGCAGGGAAGUUUAGUUGAUUUAUCAUUUGAAGAGGAGAAAAUUAAAGAAUCAUUGGCCAAAGUUCCUCAAGUGCAGGCAUAGUUUAAAGAUUCAUUUGUUUUGUUUGAGAUUUAAAAUAAUUUCAGAAAAAUAAGCUACCUCUACUAUCAUAAAAUGUAUAAUUUUAAUGAAUAAAGUUUAUUUUAUAAAAUUUGCCUAGUUACCCAUAAAAGAA